CGACUGAUUGUUUGGGUUAAUUACCAUUCGCGGUAGGGACAGGUGUGACUGUGAGUCUCUCGUCGAAGGUAAAAUAGUCAGUCGUUCCUCCACUUCGAUAAACGCCCAUGACACUCGUAGACUGAGGGUUACUUCACCACCACUUCGUCAUAGGCCGCCCAAAACCCCUUCGAAGGAAUCCAGGAUGUCCGAGGACUACGGCGGCGUGGUGCUCAGUGACGAAGACAGCGAAGAGGAUGCCCCCCUCCAGCAGCAGCACCCGAGGCAGCCCAUGGAACUACAGGGAACUGUAUCAAAAUGGACCAAUUACAUCCAUGGCUGGCAGAAUCGUUUUAUGGUUCUGAAGGAUGGUACAAUGAGUUACUACAGAAAUAAUGAUGAAACGGAAUAUGGCUGUCGCGGGUCCAUUAGCGUCCAGAAAGCUCAUGUUAAGCCCCACGAGAUAGACGAGUGCCGCUUUGACGUUUGCUUGAAUGAUUGUGUGUGGUACCUUCGCACUGGAACUGUCGAGGAGAAGCAUCAGUGGGUUGAUGCAAUUGAGCAACACAAGUGCAAUGGACACACACCGCAAUGCAUGGGGAUAUCUCAGCUCUCAGUGAGAGAGCUGGAAAACAAUGGUUUGAGACGGCAUGGAAGCGCUGUUUCCCUGACUUCCACAACUCUUUCUACCACCUCUGGGUCAUCAUUAAAGCGAGCUAAAGGCCUGCAUGAGAAACUAGCAGAGAUAGACACCUACCGAGAUAUCCUCAUACGACAGAUGGAAGCGCUCCAGACGUACUUUGAUGCAUGCGCUGAAUCUGUUAAGGAAUUAAAGACUACCGAGGCAACUUGCAAUGGUCAUGGCCCAGACAUUGAAGGUGGAGUAGAGGCAGAAUUAGCGGUCGAGUGUAAUUAUAAUCUCAAAGGUUCUCCCAUAGCUGGCAGUAGACGGCUUUCUCCUAACCUGCUACCGCCUCAUAUCAGCCGGGAAACCUUAGAGAAACAUGGUGCCUAUGCUAUUGAUUUUAGAGGAGAGGCUCUUACUUUUAAGGCUACAACGGCAGGAAUUUUGACAACUUUAGGUCAUUGCGUGGACGUAAUGAACCAGAGAGAGGAGUCUUUCAAACGACGGUUAGAGAGGGAAGGAGAAAAGCGUAAGAGGUUGGAGGAAAAGUUGAAACAUGCUCUGUCUCUGAGUGCUCAGGAGUCUCCAACUGCCAGAAGAGUUAUGGUCAUGGGUGGCCCUGAUUAUGAGGAAGGCCCACACAGUGUGAUGGGCGAAGAUGAAUUCUUCGAUGCUGUGGAAUCGGCACUUGACAAGAUGGAUGAGGAAGAAGAGUUCAGGGAGCGACUGAGGCUAAAGCAACUGGCUGCCCCUCAGAAACCGGCCACUACUCAUCCGCUGUGGCCUGAGAUCGACAAAGUAACCAAAGAGCAGUUAUCAUACGCUCAGCAAGAUGUCGACGGAGGUGUUUGGCAGUUGUUUGCGGAAGAGGGUGAGAUGAAGAUGUACCGCCGUGAGUUGGAAGAGGAUGGUCUUGUGGUGGAUCCCCUGAAGGCUGUGCACCAGAUACGGGGUGCCACAGCUCACGAAAUGGCACACCACUUUUGGUCUCCAGAUGUCAGAUUUGAAUGGGAAACUACAUUAGAGCAAGUCACAGUUAUAGACAGAAUAUCAGAUGACACCCUGCUAUUCUUGCAACUGCACAAGCGAGUUUGGCCAACCGCCCAACGUGAUGCAUUGUUUUGGUCACACAUUAGGGAGAUCCCCAAAACAGAUCCAGCCAAUGGUAAUGCACACGACACCUGGAUCGUUUGUAACAAGUCGUCGGAACAUCCUGACGCUCCUAAUGAUGGAAAAUGUGUUCGUGUGGACCUGGAAAUAUGUUUUGUCUGCCAGACGUUCAUCGACCCACCACCAGCUGAAGGAGAACCUAUCACCAGAGACAAUCUUUUAACAAAGAUUAUUUACUGCUCUGUUGUCAAUCCUGGUGGAUGGGCGCCUGCUUCCGUCUUGAGAACCGUUUACAAGCGCGAGUACCCAAAGUUCCUCAAGAGAUUCACGCAGUAUGUCAUCGACAAAUCUGCUGAUCAGCCUAUAGCUUUCUCAGGGCUCAAAAUAAAAGACCAGAACAAGCACUGGAGAGGUUGAUGCUUGUUAUAAGGUAUAUUGUUAAGAAUCCAGAGACGAGUUGCCAGAAGUAUUUUGAUAUAGAAGUAGAGAAGGUUAUCUUGGCCUGGAUGGAGCCUCGUUUCGUGCAGAGCCAAUUUGCCGUCUGCGCUUGCCAUAUCAAGAGUGUUGAAAAUUGGUAUUAACACCAGAGGUUUUCUAUAUGAAUAUAUAUAUAUAAAUAUAUAUAAUAUACAUAUAUUUUAAUAAUUGAAUAAAUGAUAAGGUAUUAUAUGCACCAAAGAGUUUUUAGUUUUUAUAUUACUUUUACUUGAAUACUGGGUAUAUGGAAGAAUUUCAGUCACUGUCAUUUCUUAAACCUUGUCAAGACACUGGAGUGAAUAGUAAUAUUAUUUUUUACUGCCAUGAAAGGGUUUAUUCCUGAAGCAUUACAAUGCCUUGUAAAAUCAACAAGAAAGCCAUGUGAGAGUUCUGUGCACUUAAAUUUACCACACUUAUGUAUCUCAAGUUGCAUGGGAAAGGCAGGCAAGUUAACCUGUACUUUAGUACCAACAUGCUAAUGAUAUUAUGGGAAACUAAUUUUGAGCUGAUUGUGUUCUGGAAUAAUUUUUUUUCUUGUCAGAUGCUCCAAUUUCUAAAGCAGUAGGAAGGAAGGUACUUGUAGGACUGAAAUCUUGGUCAAGUUGAUAGUUUUAUUUUGAGUUUACCAGUUAAAAGAUUUAUAACAUGAAAAUUCUGUAGUUAUCAUUGUAGUUGUGUGUAUUUUCUGUGUUGAAUAAGGCAGUACAGUCCUAUAAAAUUUGAGGAUUUUAGAUUUUUUUUAUUUUAUUUAAAUUGGCAUAAAAGUUUUAUUUCAUUAUCAAAUGGGACUGACUUACACCACAGUAGUAAUUGUGCCCAUCUCUCUCUCUCUCUCUCUCUCUCUCUCUCUCUCUCUCUCUCUCUCUCUCUCUCUCUCUCUCUCUCUCUCUCUCUCUCUCUCUCUCUCUCUCUCACAGAGGAUCACAUUCAGGUAAAUUUGAGCAACACCUGUAAUUACUCAUUCCAAGUUUGAUGUAGAUGGAUUCCAGAAUUGCUUGUAGAAAUAUUGUUCACUUUGUUUCUGAAGUUUUCCAUUUUUGCUGUUACUGGCUCUUUAAAAAUCUGAAGUUUCCCAUUUUGCUGUUACCGGUUAUUUACAAACUUUUUGCUUAAUAUUGCAAGUAAAAGUUAGUUUAGUGUAUAGUUAUCGGCAAAUACUAUAUUUAGUUACAUUUCCUUACUUCUGCUAAGCGUCUUUUAAAUGUUUUAAAUAAGACAUUUCUAAGGUUUUAAAUUUCAUACUUUGUUUACAGAACACCCAACUCUUAAUAACAAUUCCUUAUUAUUUACAUAUUAUGUAUACUAUUACUCUGGCGUAUUUCCUGUUAUUUUCAUGAGUUAAAUGAAGUAGAAGGAGCUUUGGGAAAAGUGUACAGGCAGUCGUUGAGAAGGAACUUUGCAAAAAGAGGGUACUAUAAUUAAUUUCAUAAUAGUUUCCAUGGAACAAGAGCUCUAUGUAAAUAAACCUUCUUGAUCUAGUACAUAAUGUUUUUCUUUGGAGAACUGCUGAGUACAUAUAGUGGUGUGAUGGUGCAGUAGUUUUGUGUACUACUGGUUUUCAUCUGCAAGGUCUUGAAAGAUUGUAAUAUAUUCAAAAGCUGAGAAUGAAUUAUAUAUUCAUUACUCUAAUAUCACAUUUUUGAGUUCUUAGGAAGUGUCAUAACAUUGAGCAUUUUCACACUACUUCUAUGUUGGCUAUUUCCCCCAUUACAUUUCUCAUGUGUGCAAGAUGUCAUCCCUUCUUUCCACGGUAAUAAUUCACACAUAGUGACGUUUGUUCCUGUGAUGGGAGAGGUCUGUUUGUGUAUUUUUUCCUUAAAUGUGCACAUAAUGCACAAUACUCAUACUGAGGACUGCAAAUUGGAAAUAGCCUUUUCACUCUUGGAAAUUUCCCGUCUCAGAUUUUGUAUUUGCGCUCAUUUGUUGGAUGUAUCAUCACCCUUGUCCAGAGGUAAAAGUCUAGCUUACCUGAAAACAUUUCAAAAGAGUAGCAUUGAAGUAAUGCAGUGAGUGCUGCCUUUAUUUUAAUGUUCAUACUUUUCUAGUUCCGCCUGAUUCAGAAUAUCAGUAUGAUUUAGUGAGGUGGUUUUGAUUAACGUUAGUUUCAAGUGAAUUUUCAAUUUUUUAGGAUAUACAUUAUUUGUGGGGCAUAAACAUUGAUUAUGAAUGCUGAAAUCUUAAAAUAUUUCUUUUGUAAGCAAAUAGAUAUUAUGUAAUACUAAAAGUUUUUAUGUUUACUCUCACUUAGAUUCCAAACUGGAGUUUGUAUACCAUUAACUAGUUAUAUAUACUUCAUAUAUACUUCAUAUUUGGUUUUGGACACUGAACACUCACAUGGCUGAAUUGAUUUUUCUGCAAGGAUCAAAGUGCAAAUGCCUUUCAAGGAAAGGCCAUUUUCACAGUAAACUAAGGGAUGCUGGAAAGUGUCAGGCUCGUAGACUCUUAUGAUCGAAACAUGCCUCAUCAUCUGUGGUCUGCAUUGUAUUCUCUGCCUCAGCUGUGUUGCUGAGAAUAUAUACUAUGGGUCAGAUAGACCUGGUUUUCAUGUGAUGUUACCUGAAAUUGAGUAAUGAUUGUAUCACAGUGUCUAUUUCAGUUAAAGAAGCAAAGAUUUUAUGAAGACUUGUAAUGCAAUUCUUCCUCUGCCUCAAACAUACUAAUGCCUGUGCAUUGUUCAUGUUCUAGUUUUAUAUUGUAAAGUUGUGAAAAAGUGGAGAUACAUGUGAAUAUCUGUUUUAAGGUGAAAGAAGUCUAUAUGGUGGUAUGUUUGCCCUGUAUAUUUGCUUGUGUGCCCGAUUCUCGAUAAUAUAUACAUAUGCAUACUUAAUAUCAGGAUUGGAAAUUCUCUUACAUCACUGCAUAUAAUUGUGAUAUUUGUAUAUAAGCCUGUAGGUAAAGUUAUAUACACACACUAUAUGAAUAUAUUUAGCAACAGAUUCUCGUUGAAUUGACAGUUUAAAUACUUUUUUUAUGCAUAACUGAGGCUUGUUGUUACAGUGCAAUCUAUUACACAACUCCUUUGAGCAAAUUUAUAACCCCUCCCCCCCUUCAUGUGUAUAUAUGCUUUAUUUUUCUCUGACAGUUUUGUUUUUGUAAUUUUUAGAUCUAUCCAUAUACAUUCAUUUCCUUUUUUACCCUUAAGUCAAUUCCAUUUCUCUCGCCUCCCCUUUCUGGUGUAUUCCUUCAUCCCAACCCCUGAAAACCAUUAUUUUGUUCCAGUAGUAUGUGCAAUGUGACUAAUAUACUGUAUAAUUGUACCUUGUACCUGUUGAAUCGGUAAAAUAAAUUGGAAAAUAUUUCAAGUCGAUGAUCUAGCUCUGGAGAUAUGCUCUUGUACUUUAUGCAAUGCUUUUAGAACUGUACUAGAGCCUCUUGUUUAUCCUAGUCGUAAAGGAAGUGUAUGUUUCUUUGUUUUCAUCCAGACCAAAGUUGUAAUUUUAAAGGCUGAUUUUUCAUUUGCACAAGUUGUCACCUGCUGAAGAUGCGUCAUAAUAGAGUAGACCUAUAUUGCCCAUUCACUUGGAACUCCUUUUAAGUGCUUUUUGUGCACUGAAGUAUGGUUUUGGUGAUUUUAUUCAAUAAAAAAUAGAGCACAAAGUAGUUCCUUCAAGUUGCAUGCUCUCUCUUUUUGUUUCCUAUAAGGGCAAGUUUCAGACUUGAAUCAUUCAUAUUUUACAGUUGUUUCUUUAAUCUGGAUAACACCAUUGCUUGACAGUGUUGGUCUUACAUUUAGAUUUUAUUAGUUCUGCUUCUGCUCAGUUUGACUUAAGUGAGUUUGUUUCUUAAGAAUUUUUGCACUGAAAAUUAAUUGCAAUUUAUCAUAUGUUCUAUAAACAGUAUCUGUCUGAGUUUGCAAGUUAUGUUUACAGUAUUUUCUUGAAUUUUUAGUUGUGUAUGAUCACGGUGACUUUUACUUCUAAUUAUAGAUAGCUUCACAUAAUUGUUUUUCUACAAGUGGUAUGUAACAUAUUCUCUUUUGUGUUACAUAGCAGUUAGUCGAUACGGAACCAAUAAACAUUCAGUAUGCCAUCAUCUAAUCAGUUGAGCGCUCAGUAUGGCAAGUGACAACAUUAUUUUCUCUAACUUGAUUGACAAUGCUGUAUAUAUGAAGUUAGAUGUCUUAUACUAUUGAACUUGUCCUUUACAAUAUUCUCUUGUUAGCUAAUAUUGCAGUCCAGUAUAUUUUUAUAUGAGAAACCCCCUUCAAAAGCAUAGAUAGGUUUGCCUUAAACAUUUAUGGCUUUUUGGAGAUGGGGCCACUGUGACUAGUUAAAUAUAUGCAAAAUUUCACAAAUGCAUUUGAGGCACAAUUUAUGAUUUACUCAUGACCAAUGGUUUUCCAGUGCAUGUACAGGUUUUAUGCUUUGUUGUGUUGCCCAGAAAACAUACCGAUGUCUGCUUACAAAACCAUGUGGGAGGAAGUCUAUUUUGUUUGGAUUUCAAAUUUGAUGUCCUUUGUGAAAGUGUUUGUGACCAGUUAGUCAUUCACUAGUAAGUGGUGAACCAUAAGUUUGUUGUUAUCUGUCUGAAGUUCUUCAUUGAAAAUUAUUGGUAUUUGCUGGAAAAAUGUGAUGAAAUGCACGUUAGGGCUUUUUUCAUCUAAAUGUGUCAUGCAUCUUGUUUGCAUCUUCUCAGGAUAUCCCAAUUUGUUACUUUAUUUUCAGUUUUAGUCCAGUUAAAAAGACUUGGUCAUUUGAUAUAGUAUACAGAUUUGGUGGGUUUUCCAGAUUAAAUUAGGUGAUGAAAGUGCUGUUUUGUCUAAAAGUUAAAUUUUAUAUCCCAUCAACAGCUGUUAGAGAAAAUUCCUGAACAUGACGUCAUCCUUUUCCCCCAUAUUUCUUUAUUCCCUGGGCACUAUGCAUCCAGAGAGGGUGCAUGCAAGAAUGGCAUAUUUAGAUGUGAAGGUUUCAAGAAACACUUUUACUCUACAUGCGUUUUUAAUUUGAUGACAAUUGAUAUGUAAUACUGUACAGUACUUACAUGUAAAGCAUUCUGAUGGCCAUGCAAUGUCAUCUGAUAAAGUUGGUCUUAUCGGAAACUUUUCCCACACUUAAUUUCAUUUUUGUGGUGUUACGCUAGUCUGAGAAAUGAAAGCUUGAUUCUUACACUAUUCUUUUUUACCAUCUUUUCUGCAUACAUUACUUGGUGUCCACAUAUACAGCAGUCUUUGAUUCUGUAAAAAUCAACUUUGUAAACACCGUUUUCUCCUCACAUUUCAAGUUCUGCUGACACUAUUUUACAGCAUCGGAUGGCAGUCUGUCCAACAGUUUUUAUAUUGUUCCUGAACAACUGAGUUAAAGUGUACUCUUAUAUGCACUUGAGGCUGCAUAAUUAAGAAAGUCCUUCACCUAUUUUUUUGUAGUGGCAUGUGGGCACAAAAGUUUGCAGUUUUUGAGAACAUGUAGUAAUUUAGAACAAGACUUCCCUUAAUUUUUUUUAUUGAAACUUAAACAUUUCUAGUUUUCAUUCAGGUUCUGAUUUGUCUGUGAUACUAAAAUUCAAGAGUUAGCAGGUCAUGCAAGUGGCAGUGUCGGCCUCAUCUUAGGAUAGAAAUGUUAACAAAGCUUUAAAGAAGAGGCCUGUAGCACAUUGUUAAUUUAUGACUUACCUGGGAGCAUUUAGGCAGGCCUUCUUGGGAAAAUCAUUACAUAUUCAUAAAUCUAGCUUAUGUACUAAUUAAGAUUAAGAGCCUUAUAGGUACCAUUAACAUUCAUUAUACAGUGUUUACUCUGCUGGAUAUAUCUUGUAAUUUAACUGUUAUAGAAUACAAGAUUGUAAAUACAGUUCUGUUUUGAGUUGUCAGCUUUUGUAGUUUUGCUCUUAUAGCAUUGUAUUACAACACACUUCAAAUUAUUUAUGUCUUUGCUUAAGCAUUCAUAGAAAUUCGUUACUCAGUAAGUAGUGUGCUUGAACAUUUUUCUGAACUGUUUUUUAAUCUUUAACAUAAAAGCUAAAUGGGCUAUAAGGUCGAGGUUCACCUGUCACAAGCAAAAACUUGAGGUUUUCAAGUUUGUGUGGACACCAUAAGCUUGAGGAUUAUGCACUGCUUAAGCUCAUAACUUGAGUCAGUAGACUCAGAAGUUAGUUUUAGGACCAAAAGUGUCAGCGAUGAUGCACAGAUGUGUUUUUAAAGUUAUCCAGAAUUGGUAGCAGAUCGUGAAGUUACUAGGAGUUCACUUACUGUAUUAAGAAGCUUAUGUGCCAAGAACUUAAUGCUUGUGAAGAUUACGGAUUUUGGAUAUCAGAUUUUUUCUCAUUUUUUAAUGGUAAAACCAUCAUUCAGCUCUAAAAUGUAGUCCGACACAUGAGUGAAUUAGGUAUGCCAAAAGCCUAAGCCAUACAUGGUAAUAAAUCAUUGUGUAAUGUUGGUUGUAAGAAAACAUGCCCAUAAGAGCAUAGGCAUGGUAUAUAAUUACAGGUAGGUUUUUAGCACAAACAUAAAAGUUGCUAGCAGGACAGUUUUAUCAUGUGUGUAGUUAACAGUUAUUGACAAGAAAUUUUCUGUUGCCAAAAUCUAGAAGGAUGUGAUGAAUAAAACAGCAAAAUUUUAUUGAUUAAAUAUAAUUUUCUAAUAGGUAUUUUCUAUGUAAGGAGUCUUGCAUGCAUGAAAUCUUGCCUCCCUUUUUGCUAAAGAGCUGUUGCUCUGUGGUUUUUCAUUCAUAUUGAAUGACAGGCUGAGCUGAUGACCAACCAGUGAAGGCUAAACAGUAUUUCAGCCUUUUAAGAACUUGUAGUUGUAGGUACUCUGCUUUUAGAACGUGUUGAAGAUGUCGUUAUAUUUUCAUAGCUCCAAAUUUGAUAGCACUUAUGGUUUCAGUAUACAGUUAAAUGUUAGUGGCAUCAUUAUUCAUAUGGUAGAUGGAAUGGGUCUUAAUGAGUUAAUGGCAAAUUGCAUCAUUUAAUAUGAUUUUUAAUGAAAGGUUUUUCUUUCAAGUCUGUUGUAUUCGGUGUUUAUCCUUGGAUGUUAAACUUGACUAAGAAAGGAAUUCUAAAAAAAAUAAUUUAAUUACAAGACAUCAUUAUAUAAUAAAAUAUAGUGUAAAGAGAAGAUAGAUUUAAUCCAAAAGAGCAGUUGUAAGAGUUAAUCAGAAGUUUGCGCUAAAUGUGAAACAACCUUAAUUCUUUUAAAAUGAUCACUAUUUCACUGGAGGUCAUAGCUGGAAAGAACAAGGUAUUGAAUAUUCUGGUGUAGUAGUUUGAAAUUAUAGUCGUCUACUCCAUGAGUAAAUAUGAAACGAUCCCAGGGAUAUUUAGUGGUCUAAUAUUAACAAAUUUUAUUGCACUUCACUCUUGGAUUCCACAUUUAUCCCACAUGGAUUAGAAUGCUCUGGCUUAACAGAAUUAUUUCUUUUCUUAUCAGAAUUGUAUUGUCAUGAAGCAGCUUUCAUUUUUGAUUAGCACAAAAUAUACUAUUGUUUAUUAGUCUUUUCACUGUUGCAUUUAUAAACUUAUACUAGCAGUUUGUUUAAUUUAUACUCUUAUAGUACUCGAUUGCAUGAUUACAUAUACUGUACCAUUGGACAAUGGUGAAUUACGUGGGAAAAAAAAUAAAGCAUUUGAAAUUGAUGUUGGGACUGGGUGAAAAAUACAAAGAAAGUGUCUGAAUGUGAUUACAGUUUGAUAAAUAUGGUAUGGACUUAUUUGUGAAAUUCAAUGGUGUGUGUACCUAUGUAGGAAUGAUGUCUUGUGCAAGGUAAGUAAGGUGAAAAUCUGAUUUUAGACGCCAAUGAUAAUAGGGUCAAGGGCUAGGGUUUUGAUGCUCAAAAUGUCUUGCUAUUUUUAUUUGCCCCAAAUUCAUUGGGGGUGGAGAGAUGACUUUGCAUUUUUUAUAGUUUGUUGUUGGGGGGAAAAUUUUAUAUCUAUUUCAGUACUCUGAAGAUUAUUAGUUGUUUUAGGAAGUUCUGAUGCAGUAUGUGUAUAUUAGGUGUGUCUCAUUACUUUUAGAACUGUUUCUGCGAUCACAUUCUUCAUUGAAGCUUUUUUAAGCAGUAAAUUAAAUACUAGUGUUUCCUGUUGUCAUUAAUUUCACACAUUAGUGUACUGUAUAUUGGAACUUUUAUUUGUACUGUGCAAGUUUUUUUUUCUUAUAUAUGAAAGUCUUCUACUUGUGGAAUUAUAAUUUGAGUAAUGUACAAUCUUACAUUUUUGUCACUCCGUAAAUGGUGAUUAUGUCUUUAUAUAAACUAAGAGGUUUUACAUUGUCUUGACACUUACUGAUAGGAUUCAUAUUUUAAAUUUUUUUAGCACCGUAUAUUGGAAAGGUUUCAUGUUUUUUAUAACCCUUUGUGUUCUACUUAUGUCCUAUUUUCAAAGUGCUCAUUUUUGUAGUGAAUUGGUUUGUAUGUGACAUAUUUUGUUUUAUUCUAGUUUUUAUGUUUUGUAAUUACUACUGUAUUUGAGAUGCUUUUUGUCUUCGUGCUUCUUAUUUAGUCGUAAAAGCUGAAAAUUAAAUGUAUUUCAAAUUUUAACCAAAUUCCCUUAUUUGAUAAGUCACAUUCUCAUAAUGUAAACUUUUGCAGUGUUAAAGGAAACUGCAGAACUGAUGUUUUUCAAAAGUUCCUUGUAGCUUUAACUUAAAGAAUUAGAUGCACUGUGUAAGCAGGGUUGUAAAGGCAAUUUCAGAAUUCUACCAAGUAAAAGCAAUCCCAAAUUUUUGUGAAUAAAAUCAACUCCUUGUUAAGAAAUUAGUAGGAGAGGCAGUAAAACUUGUUCAAAUACACUUAGUUGGUAAUUUGGUAGGUAGUGUUUGUCAAUUUAUAAGCUUGGUUUCAUUUUUAUUAAGAACAACUCUUCUUUGCCUGCUGUUUUGGAUUAUUAAAAAAAUACUUUUCUCAACACACUAGUAUCCUUGUCUUGGAUUAGUCCGGUUUAACAUUAAGGAGUUAUUCUCUCAUUGUUUCCUUGUCAUGUUUUUCUGCAAGUUUGUGGCCUACUUCACUGCUUGCUUAAUUUCUUGUCCAUCCCUGUACACUUUUUCUGUUAUGCUGCUAACUUGCUUCAACUUUAGUCAAACUACUUAUUUUUUACUUUAGUCAAUUUUUAUUUUUUAUUUUACUUAUCUCUAAAGAAUUCAGUUGAAACGAGUUAACACCUGUGAGGUUUGAUUUUUAGCUGGUUUCAAUUUUAUGUGGCAUUAAUUUUAAUAGGUGUAUUUAUCAAAAUUUUAAAAAUUCUUUUGAAGUUCUCACCUACAGGACAUGAAGCUUCAGAGCUUUAUAGAAAUCCAUGUUUGUACAGCGAAUGCAAAUCUGGUGUAAUAGUGUGUAUCUGUACCUAAGUUUCUUUCAAAUAUUCUAAUUGUGCUUUGCUUCUGUAUUUAUUUUUUAUAUAUACCUGCAAAGAAAAUAGAUAAUUCAACUCGUACCAUAUGUUGAGGUGAGCUGAUGGUUCUUGGGAAGUAAGCAUACUAAGGAAUAUUUGCUAGAUUUUCAAGGGACAGAUGCUGUUAGUAGUGGUGUCUUUAUUGUGUGCUUCAAUAAAAAUGAAAUGGUCGUUCAUAUAUUCAACCUCAUGCUCUUAGAUGUAGGGAGGUAAAGGUCUUGUAAAGGAAGAGUUCACAUAUCUUCUGGUUUUGUUUGGGCAGGCAAUGUUAGACUAAUAAUAGUUAUGAUACCAGCCAUCUUACAUUGAAGAAUUUGGUGACUUAAAAUUAUUAUUUAAUAAAAAUUUUCAUACAAUAUUGAGGGAAGUGUGAGGUACUCACAGAUUACAUUUGUUCUGAUACGGUAUACAAACCAUUGGUCCUUUACAAUAGAAGGUACUUAGCGCAGCUGAACCGGUCGUAAGCUUUUCGAACAAGGGGUUCGGUAGUUAACUACCUGUCUGGCAGUUAGCGGUACGCUCGACUGUGAGGUGAGGAGUCACUGCUUUCGGCCGUGCGCUCGUGGAUGGACGUGCUGCUCUUCGUCUCUGCCCGCUUCAGUCGUAUGCUUUGUUUUCUUCACUGUGUGAAGGCUUUAUCACUUUUUCUUUUACUUGUGUGUGUUGCAAGUACAAAGUAAGUGUAUGUCUGUUUUACUUUUCAUUUUUAUUAUGGAAAUUACUAACCAAGAGCCGGAGAAGCCCUCCCGCCCCCCCAUCAACCGUAGACUAUGCCCGGGUAUUGGGUGCCGUAAGUGUGGGGCUUCCCGCUCUUCUGUGGAGGUAGAUCCUCAUGAUUUUUGUGCUCAGUGUCGAGGGCGUGAAUGCUCUCGCACCGAGACUUGUGAUACGUGUAUCUUUUGGUCAGAGGCGCAGUGGGAGCGCUAGGGCUAGGGGGAGGAAGAAGCUGCGGAAGCCGGCUAAGGAGUCGUCAGAGGACUCCCCGGCUACGCCCUUGGUCACUGAUUUGUCUUCCUCCUUUCUCCUUCUGGCUCAGCUCCCUCGUAUGGCUCCUUCUCCUUCGGGGGAGGUUUCUCGCUCCCUCUCCUCCCUCGAUCAUUCAAGCAUAGAGGAGGGGGCGAAAUACCCCCAACAUCCAGUUGUACUCGGGGUCCUCUGUUCGCUCGGGCUGGGAACUAUUCUCCCCCGGCGAAGGGGGACCUCCCCACUGAUCUACCCGACUUUUCCUCCUUCAGACUUGCUGACCACGGGCGAUGAUCUCGGUAGGGCCUGGUACUCGCUGGGGCUGCAAGGGACACUGACGGUCCAGGGGCUGCCCUGCCUCCUGUUUCUGAUUUUGUUGCCGCUCCAGCCUUGGUACCAGUUCCUGCCGCCGUCAUUCCUGCUUGUGGUGUUGCUGCUCCCACCCAGGUCCUUCUGGACAGGUGCAGUCGGGCCCUGUUGCUUCGGCAACUGCCCCGGCUCUGUCCUGGAUGGAAGACCUGACGGUGGUGCUGAGGAAGCUGACGAAGAGGAAGAGGAGGGUGCUGUCUUUGUCUUCAUCGUCGUCGCCUGCCGCCGCUUCCCCUUCAACUUCUAAUGCCCCCAAGCUGAAGAAGAAGAAGGCUGCGUCCUCCCCCCUAAGAAGUCUCGCGCCGAGACUUCUAAGGGUCCGUCUCGCUCCGGUGGGACGGUUGGGACUUCCGUUGGUCCUCCUGUUCCUUCAGAGCGGGGGCUGUCUCCUCUGACUCAAGGAAGAAGACGGGGACCGGAGGAGUGUCAGCUAGCACCGGCACUUCCUCACCUGGCGCCAGAGGUUCUGCCUCGAUGCCAGGUACCAUCUCGGCCUCUCGUUAGCGAGACACCGAGUGUUCGCUCACCUGUGGGUGACCGGAUAGCCAAGACCCAGGCAUCCGAGUUUUCUCGGCGCCAGGAUCCAGGCACGGGAAGGAAGACUGGAGGGAGUCGCUCGGGUGACUCUCGCCAGACCAUUGAUGGCUCUCGUGGCGACGCGCUGGUACCCAGGGUUGACGCGACGGUCCCAGACCGCUCGCGGGCUGAGGCAAGGAAGCGGUCCCCUCGGUCGCUGGCUGGUCCAGGCGGCGUGAUGCGCCGUGAGGAUAAGCCUCGCUCCCCACCGCGACAGUGGACUCUGCAGGUCCCCCGACCUUCGCUCCUACCGGGACCAGGCGGAGAGGGGAACCAGCAGCAGCUUUUCUGGACCGUCGCCGCUGUUCGCGGUCCAGCCGCUUUCCCCGGGAGAGCCGUUCGACCAGGCCUGCAGACCGAUCGCCACCGUGGGUUGACGAUCGCCUGCAGCCCCCUAAGCACACCGUGCGUGUGGGGAGCGUCAGGCCUGCCUCUCCGAUGCCUUCAACAUCCUUGGGCUUUACCGGGAAGAGCGAAGUGAUCAGGAGCGAUCACAAAGGGCGCGCCCCUCGUGAUCCCGCCACGACGCCCUACGAACCUGUCACGGUCCUCGGACCAACCAGGUCGUACGCACACGUGGUAGGAGGAGACCAGGAGGGGUCUGUCGUGGUUCCUCCUGUGGAAGGAGGAGGUUCUCGGGAGGCAUACUCGUUGGAAGGGCUUGACGGUCCGUCUCCACAGGAUGCAGUCACUCCCGAGAUCCAGAGGUCGUUCGCGGAGGUAAUUACGCUGAUCCGUCAGCACAACGACCUCGGAGAAGGAUCGCUGCUCCCACCUACUGAACCCACAUCAAGCUUGGAGGCGUUCUGGGGACCUAAGAAGGAACCCAGGACGGCGGUGGGUCUGCCACGAUCAGCUUUGGCUGACAGCGUGCUGGGCCAGGUGGACGCUCUCGUCUCCGGACAGGAGGGUUCGCUUCGGUCCAGUAGGUCUGCUAAGCUCCUUCCUACACCUCUACUGCGACAGAGGCGCGUUUACAUGCCUUUGGAGGACCCUCUGCCGCCCAAACAGGUUAACCAGGAGCUAGCCAAGCUAACUCUGGGGGUGUCUCUGCUGCAGCUCCUGUCAGAGAACCUCUGGUCCUCACAGCAGGAGGCACUUGCCUUGGAGUCUACCGCAAUGGCAGCCUUCCAAGCAGUCUCAUGGCUUGACCUGUUCGAAAACCGCGGCCUCCUUAGGGAACAUCAUUCUUGAAGGAGACCCGGCUUUCAUGAGACUGUGCCAGACUAGGGGUAGGGCUAUCGCCAACCUGGCCCACCAGACGGCCAACCUGGUUCUCCGGCGUAGAGACACUGUUCUCAUCCAAGUGACCAGGGCAGGUGGGCAUGAGGCGGCUCUGGGUCUUCACAACGGACCAGUGCGGAGCUCCUCCUCUCUCUUCCCAGGAGAGAUGGUGGACACUGCGGCGGAAAGACGGCGCACUGACGACAGGGACCGUUUAGUACACCAGGCAGUCUCGAAGGCGUCUGGGCAGCCUCGAGUUACUGCGGCCAAACCUAGGAGUUUGGUUAGCACUUCCUCUGCGGCCAAGACAAUCGUAAUGUCGAAGCCCAAAGGAAAGGCUCUGCCUUCAACUUCUAAGGGCGACCGUCACCAGCCAUCCUUAUCACUAGGGGGUCAGGUAAGAAGUCGAAGAGAGGUGGGAAACGCUAGGGACGGCGUUCCCCCUCACCCUCGAGUCUCGGCCACCCCUCACCUCCAACCUGGUCCAUCUCCAAACCUACGUUCCUGGCUCGACCAAGGACAUGAUGUUUUGGCAGGAAGUGGAAGCCAUGCUGAGCAAACGAGCAGUGGAGAUCCUUCAGGAUCAAUCGCCGGGCUUCUACAGCCACCUCUUCCUUGUGGAGAAGUCUAUGGGGGCUGGCGCCCGGUGAUAGAUCUCUCUCCCUUGAACCAAUUCGUUCGCCAGACUCGGUUCACGAUGGAAACAGCUCGGUCGGUGCUCGAUUCCAUCAGGGAGAACAACUUCAUGCUUUCUGUAGAUUUGAAGGACGCAUAUUUCCAGAUAACCGUCCAUCAAUCCUCCAGGAAGUACCUCCGCUUCAUCCUCGACGGGACUGUGUACCAAUUCAGGGCACUUUGUUUCGGUCUCUCAACCGCCCCACAGGUGUUCACACGAGUGUUCACUCUGGUGUCUGCUUGGGCCCACUCAGUAGGGAUAAAUUUCUUGAGGUAUCUUGACAAUUGGGGAGCUCGCAGUUGCUGCAGGACAGAGAUCGACUCCUCGAAUUCUGUCGCGAUCUGGGAAUCGUGGUGAAUCACGAGAAGUCAGAACUCGAACCCAAGCAGAGGAUGAAGUACCUGGGCAUGCUGAUCGACACGGCAGCAGGGCGAGUCUUCCCCGCAGAUUCGCGGAUCAGCAGAUUCAGGGAGGCAGUAAGACAGUUCCUGUCUCGACAGGAGCAACUGGCUCAGCAGUGGCAAGUCAUGAUAGGCCACCUGUUGUCUCUCGAGAAGCUAGUCCCUCACGGGCGUCUUCACCUGCGGUCUCUUCAGUGGAGACUAAAGGAGUUGGUCACAGGCAAGGGACCCUCCCUUCCCUGUGUCCCUCAUGGAGGAGGUGAGGCAGGACCUAGCCUGGUGGCUGGACGAGAGGAACCUCGUAAGAGGAGUGCCUCUCUCUCUCUCUCUCUCUCUCUCUCUCUCUCUCUCUCUCUCUCUCUCUCUCUCUCUCUCUCUCUCUCUCUCCCCCCCCCGGAGAUGCUUCUCUUAUCGGACGCAUCGACCGAGGGAUGGGGCGCACACCUGGAGGAGUUGCUGGCUGCAGGUGUGUGGGAUCAUCGCGACAAGCACCUUCACAUCAACGUCCUCGCUCUCCAAGAGUUCCGGGAACAUCUGGUGGGACACUCGGUGGUGUUGAUGUGCAGCAACACCAUAGUAGUGGCAUACGUCAACAAGCAAGGGGGUCUAUUGUCCCUCCCGUUGCACCAGUUGACGCUGCAGGUGCACGAGUGGGCCACGAGUUGUCGGCUCGCUACAUUCCAGGCAAGAGGAAUGUGGUAGCCGACAAGCUCGGCCGUCGGGAUCAGGUGAUAGGAACCGAGUGGUCCCUUCACCCAGACCUGGCGGAAAGGCUGUUCAACCUGUGGGGGCGUCCAGUCGUGGAUCUGUUCGCCACCUGGCACAACAGAAAACUCCAGGUUUUCUACUCGAUCGUGCCGGACCCAUGGGCAGCUGAUCACUGCGAACCUUCGGAUGAUCCUGGUGGCGCCCAAACGACCUCAAGUCGUUUGGUAUCCGGACCUGCUGGCUCUGCUUGCCAGAGAGCCGAGAGAGAUUGCCCCCCUGGCACAACCUUUGUGCCAGCCACACGUGGAAUGGUACCACCGAUCCGUCGAGUCCCUGUGUCUUCACGGCUGGCUUCUAUCCACCAUCUCUUGCGAGCGAGAGGCUUUUCUCGCAGCGCAGCAACAGAGAUGGCCGGAUACCUUAGUCAGUCCUCUGCGGCUGUCUACCAGGGGAAGUGGUCCGUCUUCUGUGGUUGGUGUCGAGGACGGGGUCUCUCUCUCUCCUCUCAAGAGCCUCUCUUCAGCAGGUAGCGGAUUUUCUCAUCCUUCGCCGAGAGAAGCUCCUCUCCGUCUCUGCAAUUAAGGGCUACAGAGCCGCCCUGGCCUUAGUCCUUAAACUGCGAGGUGUGGAUAUCUCCUCUUCUUUCGAGAUCUCCCUCCUGAUGAAGAGCUUCGAGAGGUCUUGCCCACCCAGGGAGCUCAGGCCCCCGGGGUGGGAUGUGACUUUCGUCCUUAGGAGUUUGACUCGCAGACCCUUCGAGCCACUCCGAGAGUCGUCAGACAGGGAUCUGACCCUGGCAUCGGCGAAGAGAAUAGCCGAACUUCAUGGUCUUUCUCUCAACGUUAAGCAUUCCAGAGGAUGGGGAUCCGUGACGCUCGAUAUCGUCCCGAACUUCAUAGCGAAGACUCAGAAUCCUUCGGUCCCUGAUGACCGGUUCGAGUCCUUCACGAUCCCUUCCCUGAAGGAUUUCACCGAUAAUGAUGCGGAUGAGAUGCUGCUUUGUCCUGUGAGGGCGCUACGGCGCUAUCUGAAGAGAACUCGGCACUCAGGCCUGAGUGUCGACACCUCUUUGUUAGCACUGAGGUUACCAAGAAAGAGGUUUCCAAGAAUACUCUUUCUUUCUGGCUGCGUUGAGGUGAUCAGGAGGGCUUACAAGACAGCCGACUGUGACGACACCUGUACCUUUCGUCCGAGAGCCCACGAAGUCAGAGGUAUUGGUCCAACCCUUGUGUUCCACAAGAACUUCUCCCUGGCACAGGUACUGAAGGCAGGGGUUUGGGCCAACCAGACCACCUUCGCUUCUUUUUACCUUUGGGAUAUCACCCACAGGUCCUUGGACACCUUUUCCUUGGGACCCGUGGUGGCUGCUCAACAAGUUGUGUAGUCUACUCAGCACCCGAGCGGACAGAACAGCAUCGCAUCGUUGUGUGACUGUAUGCAUGGACGAGUAAAAGAGUGUGUGACUGGCUUCUCUUCCUCCUUCAUUCUUCCCUCUACCUGUGGGCAGAGGGCCACGGUCGUCACUACGCUGAACAGGAGGCCAAUGCAGGUAAACUACACAACCGAGCCCCAUUCUAUCUCUUUCAGUAGGGAUAGAAGUGUUUAUCCACCACUCCCCAACAAGGGGGGGAGUGGAAGCCAACAAGAGACAAACCCAUAACUUUACUUUGGUUCUUGAAGUAGGAACUAGUUCUUGCUUUUGCUAAUUAUAAGAGGUACGCUUGCCUCCCUCUUUUAAUUUGGUCCAGAAGUCUGACAUCUGAUCCUGCGGUGCACACCCUGAUCAGCUGGGCAGAGGCUAGGAUCCCUCCCUCUGCUCUUACGACCAGGGAGGGAAUCCAAGCUAGGACAAACACCAGUCUGUUCAUAAGACUCAGAUUCCACCCACCAAUAAGUGAGUCUUCCUAUUGUAAAGGACCGAUGGCUUGUAUACCGUAUCGGAACAAAUAACAAUUUGUCGAAAAUUGUAUUUUUCCUAACUACAAACCUGAGGUCCUUACAUAUACGUAGUCCCACCUCAUGCCACCCCUCCCUCUGCGUUUCCUGGACCUCAAGCAAAGCGACUCCUCGCCUCGCAGUCUGAAAAGCUUACGACCGGUUCAGCUGCCGUUAAGUACCUUCCUAUUGUAAAGGACCUCAGGUUUGUAUAGUUAGGAAAAAUACAAUUUUCAACAAAUUGUUAUUUUAAGUGUUGAGAAAUUAGACUUUUGGCUGUGGUAAAUGCCCUUGUAGGUAAUAUGAUUUUCAUCUGUUUCUGAGUCUUCUAAUUGAAGAGAAUGUGACCUCUUAAAUAAGGACAUUGUGCAUUUUAAAUGAAUUGGUUUUCCCAUUUUUAACUUUAGUUCACUAAUGCAAUUAUUAUUAUUUAGUUCACUAAUGCAAUUUUUGUGAUUUUGAAACCCCCAAAAGAAGCACUGGAAAAACAAAUUAAUUUUCAGUCUGAUUGUUAAUGUAUGUGGCCAUUACUUGAACAACUGUCUAUCUGCACAAAACAGAAAUCGGAGAAAAACUCUAUUAAAGUUGUGCAAUGUUUACAUUAUCAUAUGUCUGUUAAUAUUUAUGCUAUGACUUUAUUCUUUUUUUUCAAAAUGAAGCUAAAAGCAUGCUCUUUACAAAUGUGUGUGUGAAUAUUGUCUGCAAAAAACCAAAGUCUGAGAAAAGUACAAUAAUAGUUUGUCAACAUUGGAAUGACAAAUAUUGCACAUUUACCAUUCUAGUUACUCUCAUCACUCUCCCUGGAUUAUGAAUGUGAAAAACAUUUUUUUUUAUAUACAACUUCUAAACACUAGUAUAUGGAAGAAGAGUUGCUGAAUUCCAAAGUAAAGUUUAACUCAAAAUCUGAAAAUUUGCAGAUAGAUAUGGUUGUUCGAGUGACGCCUCAUUUCUCUGUAUAUUCAUUUUCAAAUGUCUGGUUUCAAGAGAGAUUUGAGUUUGCUCCAUUCCAAACACACUAUUGAUUGAUUUGGCUGUUGAUAAUUCUUUUUGUUUCAGUAUACUGUAUGAUACAGUAUACUGUAUGUAUAUAGGUUAAAUAAUAGUAUUGUAUGUUUGCCUAUCUUUAUAUGCUCAUUCCUCAGAUUCUGGCAAAGUCACUUUUCCGGACUUAUAUUUUGUCAAUUUUUUUGUAGUUUCAUUUUAAUGUGUUGUUUGAAUGUUUUUGGUGCUGCACAUUUAUCUGUAAUUCUAUGGCUUACAUGAUCUUUUAUCAAAGGGUGAUACUCAUGUUGGCACGGCAUUGUUUAUGGAUGAAUCAAUACAAGAUGAGAAUUGA